AUGAAUGGCCAGAUUCAGAGUAGUAAGUGGUUCUAUGUCAUCUUAGAAGGAGAGUUCCAGCAGAGGUCCUUAGUACAAGACCUGGAUCCAGCCGGCAUAUUUGAAUUGGUCCAGGUGGUUGGAAAUGGGACCUAUGGACAAGUCUAUAAGGGUCGCCAUGUGAAGACUGGCCAGUUAGCAGCUGUCAAAGUCAUGAGUGUUACAGAGGAUGAAGAAGAGGAAAUCAAAAUGGAAAUCAACAUGCUUAAGAAAUAUUCUCACCAUAGGAACAUUGCUACCUACUAUGGCGCCUUUGUAAAGAAGAAUCUUUCUGGCCAUGACGAUCAGCUCUGGCUUGUGAUGGAGUACUGUGGAGCAGGCUCUGUGACUGAUUUAGUGAAGAAGACCAAAGGUAACUCCUUUAAAGAAGACUGGAUUUCAUACAUCUGCCGGGAGGUCCUACGGGGCCUUUCCCAUCUUCAUAUGCACCAUGUAAUUCACCGGGACAUCAAAGGACAAAAUGUCCUCUUGACUGAAAAUGCUGAAGUAAAACUGGUGGAUUUUGGAGUGAGUGCCCAGCUGGACCGGACUGCUGGCAGAAGAAACACCUUUAUUGGGACGCCAUAUUGGAUGGCACCAGAGGUGAUUGCGUGUGAUGAAAACCCUGACUCGACCUACGAUUACAGAAGUGACUUGUGGUCCCUUGGAAUCACUGCCAUGGAAAUGGCUGAGGGCGCACCACCCCUCUGUGAUAUGCAUCCCAUGAGAGCUCUCUUUCUCAUUCCCCGGAAUCCUCCUCCCAAACUGAAAUCCCGAAAAUGGUCCAAGAAGUUCCUCAACUUUAUCGAAAAUUGCUUGGUUAAAAAUUACAUACAUCGUCCCUCCACUGAGGCCCUGUUGAGGCAUUCAUUCAUUCGAGACUUGCCAAAUGAACGACAAGUUCGGAUCAUGCUCAAAGACCAUCUGGAUCGAACCAAGAAAAAGAAAGGCGACAAAGAUGAAACCGAAUAUGAGUAUAGUGGAAGUGAAGGUGAAGAGGAAGAAGAGGAGGAGGAGGAGGAGAUAAACGAAGACCAAGGAGAGCCCAGCUCCAUAGUUAACCUUCCUGGUGAAUUCACCCUCCGAAGAGAGUUUCUCAGACUACAGCAGGAAAACAAGAAAAACCCAGUUUUGAAGCAGCAGCAACUGAGACGACAACAGCAGAAGCAGCAACUGCUAUGGCAACAAUUAGAGCAGAAGCAACAAAAUCUGCAGAGGGAGGAGCAAAAUCAGCAGCAGGAGAAGCAAGAUCUAGAGCAGGAAGAGCAAAAUCUACAGCAUAAGAAACAGGCCCCACAGCAGCAACCUCAGGUACUACCAAAGCUGCAACUACUGCAGCAACCAGAACAUCAGCAGGACCAGCCGCCGCCAAAGCAGGAACAACAGCUGCCAAAACAGGACCAACAGCCACCAAAGCAAGACCAGCAGCCGCCAAAGCAGGACCAGCAGCUGCCAAAGCAGGACCAGCAGCCUCCAAAGCAGGACCAGCAGCCUCCAAAGCAGGACCAGCAGCCUCCAAAGCAGGACCAGCAGCCGCCAAAGCAGGAACAGCAGCCUCCAAAGCAGGAACAGCAGCCGCCAAAGCAGGAACAGCAGCCUCCAAAGCAGGAACAGCAGCCGCCAAAGCAGGAACUGCCAAAGCAGGAACAGCAGCCACCAAAGCUGGAACAGAAGCCAAAACAGACCCAGCGGCCACAAGAGUAUCCAGACCAUCACUGGGUGAACCUGCCACCAAAGCCAGUAUCCCAUCAUCAUAUGCAUAGGCUGCCUAAGCAGAUGGCCCAUCAUCUGCUACAGAAGCUGCCAAGGCAAGUAGCCCAUCACCAGAUGCAAAAGAUGCCUAAGCAGGUAGUCCAUCACCAGAUGCAAUUGCCAUCAAAGCAAGUGGUCUAUCUCCAUCCACAGCAGCCACUAAAGGUGUCAGCCCAUCACCCAGCACAUCUGACAUCCUCUCACCAGGCACAGCCACCACUAAGGGUGCUGCACCAUUACCAGCCACAGCAGCCACCAAAGGUUCCAGUCCAUCACCAGGUGCAUCAUCCAGCACAACAGUCUCUACAGCUGCCAGUCUAUCACCAGGCAAAGCAACCAGCUCAGCAGGCAGGACAUCGCCAGAUGAAGCAGCCACCUCAUCACUUAUCACCAUAUCACCAGGCACAGCAACCAACCCAGCUGGUUCCACAGCAGGUGGUUCAGCACCAGGUGAAGCAGCGCCCACAGCAGCCUAUUCUUCACCAGACACAACUGCAAUCAAAGCAGCAACAGCAGCUCAAAGACCAGGAUGCAGUCCUCACUGAGUGGCAGAAAUAUAAGGAACAAAAGAAACCUGAGGAUAUCAACACUAAGACAAAGAAAUCUGAGGGUGCCCAGAUACCUUUGAAUUGGACCCUUGCUUCUGAUCAUGACUCUCAUUCCCAUACUAAGAUGAUUUCUGGCAGCAGUUCUAGUCCUUGUACACCAGCUUUGCGGAGGACAGAAAUAAUAACAAAGAAUGAGAACCUCCAGCUAAGUAAAGACAACCACCACAGCUACUCACUCUCAGACGUGGCCAUCAGGCCUAAAACCUCAGGGCAAGAUGAUCCGUUUUGGAGCAAGUACCCAGUUGAAGAUCAGCCUCCUAAGGUCCCAGAAAGAACAACCUCAAAAUUCCGUAGCAAGGAUAUCAUCAACCAGGCCCGCCGCUAUCCAAUUAGUUCCCAGCCGCCAUCUUCUGGGGGAUGGCCUCAGAAGCCAAAGACUGGCAGUAAAUUCACUGGCAACAGACAGUGGGCAAUGGAAUGUCGGGUGACCAACAGAGCAACACCAGGAUCUUUUAGACCUGAACUUCCCCUGACCAGGACCCUGGAGCCACUGUACAAGAAGGGUGAAACUGGCCCUCCACCAGUCCGAAUCAUAACUCCUGGUUUCCUUAAGGGAAAAGAUAACAUCAAACUGUUCUUAAAAGCCUCUGAAUUUUCGUCCUCCAGUGAAGAGAUUGUUAGCAGUGAUGAGGAAAAAUACAGUUACCCAAGAUGGUCAAUCAAAAGGAAGCAUUUGGUCAAACGUGACAUUACUGUCAUCCUCACGUAUGAAAAAUUCUUUGAAUAUUUUCUGUCCAUUUUGGUAGAGCACACUCCUGCCCCUUCCCUUCAGAUUGCAAGUCCUAAAAGCAAACCAACCAAAAGCAUUACCUCCUCUACUUCAUCUUUCACCUCAUUUUUGGAUCCCAAACUUCUGCAGUUCACACCACCUUCCAGUCCUUCUAGACUUGAAGAGAAACCUGAGUUUCGAAGGAAUAGGAGAAAAGCCUCUGUCGUCAAUGUCAAUCCCAUCAACGCCCGCCCACAGAGUGACAGCCCAGAAAUCCGCAAGUACAAAAAGAAGUUCAGCUCCGAGGUUCUCUGUGCAGCUUUGUGGGGUGUCAAUCUGCUGGUAGGAACUGAGAGCGGGCUGUGGCUACUGGAUAGAAGUGGCCAGGGAAGAGUUUACUCUCUGAUAAGUAGACGCCGAUUUCAGCAAAUUGACGUCUUGGAAGGACUCAAUGUGCUGAUCACCAUUUCAGGAAAGAAGAAUAAGCUGCGAGUGUACUACUUGUCCUGGCUGAGAAACAAGAUUUUGCAUAAUGACCCUGAGGUGGGAAAGAAGCAAGGUUGGAUCUCUGUGGGAGACUUGGAAGGCUGUGUGCAUUACAAAAUCGUUAAAUAUGAGAGGAUCAAAUUUCUUGUUGUCGCUCUGAGGAAUUCAGUUGAGGUCUAUGCAUGGGCACCGAAACCAUAUCACAAGUUUAUGGCUUUUAAGUCAUUCCACUCCCUUUAUCAGAAGCCUCUGGCAGUUGACCUCACAGUGGAAAAUGGACAGAGACUGAAGGUGAUCUAUGGCUCUGUAGCAGGAUUCCAUGCCAUUGAUGUUGAUUCCGGGACAGUUUAUGACCUGUACCUACCAACUCAUAUCCAUGGAACCAUUCAACCACAUACUAUCAUCAUUCUGCCCAAUACUAGUGGCACAGAACUUCUGCUCACCUAUGAAGAUGAAGGUGUCUAUGUUGACAUAUAUGGACAUUUCACUAAGGAAGCAAUUUUGCAGUGGGGAGAAAUGCCAGGAUGCGUGGCCUAUCUCCAGUCAAACCAGAUAAUGGGCUGGGGAGAGAGAGCAAUUGAGCUACGCUCUGUUGAAGCUGGAAACCUGGAAGGAGUGUUCAUGCACAAGAAAUCCCAGAAGCUCAAAUUUCUGUGUGAACGAAAUGACAAGGUAUUUUUUGCCUCUGUCCAAUCUGGCUCCAGUCAGAUUUACUUUAUGACCCUCGGGCGAAAUACAUUCUUCAACUGGUAA